UCAGAGUUGCGAGUCUAAACCUCCAAAUUCGUAGGGCUCAUUUCUCAAAAUCGGCUUYUGGUUCUGAGGAACAGAUUCUUCUCUAUUUGUCUUCAGAAAAUCCUCUGAUGGCGCUUCCUCCAGGCCCUUAUUCUGGAACCAGCACUCUCGCUUUGGUUGCUCGUGCUUCCGCCUUCUCUUUUGGACUCGUCUACGGAAGCUUCAAGCUCAAGUACCUUCAGGCGAAGGCAAAAUCUCACAAGAAAGCCGAAGCAAAGGCUCAUCACUGAGGUAUGGGCUGAUUCCAUUCAGCGUCAAAACUGAGACACCAGUUAAAUUCGAAAGGGAAAUAAUACAUCGUAGUUGGUCACGAUAAUUUUUUCUUAAAAUUUUUUUUUUGUUUUGUUUCAUGUUGCAAUGGAUGGCUCUAUAUUCAUCGAAGAGUCAUGUAGAUGUAUCUAACCUCGGUCUUGAUGACCUUAUUCGAGUUUCAAUUAGUUCUGAUGGAUGAAUGAGAGGACUGUCAGAUCAUGAUUCCUUUCUUUGAUUAAAAUGAAUAAUUUGUUUGUCAUCUUUCUUGAUGCA